AUGCGACUGACGAAUAUGCAUUUGAUGAUCAUAGCUAUAUGUGUUAUAAUAAAUUUUAUCAUUCCUACAGCUCAACUUUCAAUUGGAUUUGGUUUUAUUGUUGGCGACGGACAGAAUCCUAAUGCUCAAUGUGCAUCAGCACCUGAUUUACCAUUACUCAUGGCAUUCGGUGGUAUAUUCACAUUGUUUUUCUUAGGUAUAGCGUAUGGUUUUAUUAUAAUAAUUUCUGCGCCAAGUAAACCUGGAAGUGAUGUGGCUGGUAAAAUGCCUAAGGUUCUCGUUGGUCUUUAUAGUUGUUUCUUUGGAGCGAUUGCAUUUAUCAUCUUUAUUCUCACACAAAUUCGGGUUUAUGGAGCGUAUUCAUAUGGUUUUCAAACUGGAAUUGCAAAUAGAAAUGAUUUUUGUAAGGCAAUACUGAUGCAUGGCUCUUUAGCUAUCAUUAUUCUUACGUAUCUUAAUAUGUUUGUUUUUACCGGCGUACUUUUAUUCUUUUCAAUACGAAGAGCAACGUAG